GUACACAGGCGAUUGGAAGUCCUCCCCAUUUUAAAAGAAAUCAAGACGGAGUUUGGAGAGGAAAACGGUAUCGACAAAGCAAAAUGGGCACGCCGCCACUCACCUCCGUCUUUUCCACCAUCUUUCUCCACCUUUUACUCCUCGCCACUGUAACAAACUGCCAAAUCGGCACAGCCUAUCAGGACAUCACCACUGUCCCUGGCUAUGCUGAUUUGAAGCCCUGCGUUCAAAGCUGCUUCCAUCAAACCGGCUUCUGUCCAAAUGACCUUCUCGGUAGCAAGAUCGGCUGCCGCGCGCAUACCGACUGCAAAGGCUCAAACUGGCAAGCAACCAACGAUUGUUACUGCCGCUCGGAUCUACAAAAAGCAGCUCAAGACUAUCUCACUAGCUGCGUGGAACAGAAGUGCACAGUCGGCGAUGUGAGGAUUGACGAGAGCUCCGCGGGUGGAAUAUACGGGCGAUAUUGCAACGAAAAGGGGUACACAGCAGCACCGGCAAGCGUAUCCGCAAAUCCAACAAAAGGUGGAACGACAGCCACAGGCGCGAGUGGAAGCACCGGCCCCGCUGAAACGGGUUCAUCUUCUUCUGCAGAUCAAACGUCCCCGCCACCUGCGGAUGAGUCCAAGAAACUGUCGAUUUCAGCAAUUGUCGGGAUCGUCGUCGGCGCACUCGCGGGCCUGACGUUCUUUGCCAUCUUUGUGAGAAUGAUGCUGAAGUGGUGUGGGUGUGUGGGGAGACCACCUGCUCCGUCGCACCAUGUUCAACAGCCACCUCCGCUACCAUACCAUCAUCAACAGCAGCAACCUAGCUACCCUAUGAACUUGUAUCCCGAGCAGACAUAUUGGCAGCAGAAGCCUAUGGGUGUGGAGUCGGAGGUUGGGCCGGAUGACUCUAUCAGCGUUGUUACGCCGCCGCCUGUUGCGCCUACGAUGGUGUCAAAUGGAAGGAGAUAG